AUGUCAAACUGUGUUAAUCUCGACACGUUUGUCGAAAAGUUUACUCAACUAGAACAGAAAAUUACAGAGGUUAAUGGCAAAAACAGCAUGUUGGAGAUCAUGCUGGAGGAUGCCAAUAGAACCAUGAAGUUCGGUCUGACCAAGGAGAAAACACUGAUCGAGGAGAGAAACAGUCUUCUUGUGACUGUGAACAAACUACAGCAGACUCUGCAGGAGCAGUGCAACCUCAGAGUGGAGAAUGAGAGACUGAAAGAUGAUAUGGCUGACCUGAAACAACAGAAUGAGAGAGCAACAGAGGAUAGAGAGGCUGCGCUUCAGCAGCUAGUCAGUGAAAUGAGAGCAGAAGGAGAGAGACACAAGAGGGAGCUAGAGACUCUGAGGCUGCAGUGCAGGAGAGAGGUGGAAGACGCCCGCAGGCGGGGUUUCAGUCAGUUGGAAGCUAAAGAUGCUGAAGACAAGAAGCUGCUGGAGGAAAAGGAUCUGGAGCUGGAGGAGAUGAAGAAGAGGCUGAAGGACCAGGAGAGGGAGAGGCAGAGCGAGCUCCUGAGGUUACAGAUGGAGUUUGGUGCAAAGUUAGCCAGAGUUCAAAGCACAGCUCAGCGGAGCCAACAGCAGCAGCAGCAACACAGCUCCAGCCUUAUUCCACAGAGUGUCUUCAAGAGGAAGCUACAGUUCUUCCAGGAGGAGAAAAACAAGGAGAUUGUGGCUCUGCGUCAGAGAAUCAAAGAGCUGGAAGAGAACCAGCGAGCCUCCGGCCUCAAUGACAGCCAUCGGAAGAAGAGAAGGAUCUAA